UGUCACUUAUUGAUAGUUUUUUUCCCCACUUUACCAUGCUUAUUUGUUAAAAUGUAUGAACUUAGUUAUUACAUGUCUGAAGAAAGAAAUAACAAAUGUUCAAACCAGAAAAACGUCUCUUUCUUACGCAAGCAGUUCCUACCUCCUCAUCAUUUUUCCUGACAUGCAGGUGCAUGCAAGUCUGUCUAAGGUGUUGGUGUGUUUAUAACUAAAUGUAAGGUUCAGAGUUUUUAUUAUAGUCCAACCCUGAGUUAAGCUAAAUAAUAUUUAUAAGGUAGAGUUCUUCAACUCUGGUCCUCAAAGACCACUGUCCUACAUGUUUUAGUUGUUUCCCUGCUUUUACUCACUUGGCCCAAAUGAACUCCCAGGGAGAAUUUAGAAACACUAAUCAUCCCAACAAUGUUUCUGGGCUGUGGCAGGAUGCUGGAGUACCUAAAGAGAAGCCAUGCUUGCAAACUCCACACACACAGAGAAAAACUUUGUUGUUAUAGAAAACAAAAACCACAAACAAAGCAGAAAAACAUAAUAUGGAUAACUAACCCAAACAGCACAGCUAGAUUUUAGAAUAAAUAACAAAAACACAAAACCAAACACUUAAGAUGGAAAACAGCCAUUUUCAUAUUUAAUAAAAUACUUGUGUUUUUGCUGCAUUCUUUGGUUUUGAUGUGUUUUACACUUGGGCCCUCUCCAGUUACACACACGCACGAACCGCGUUCCCACACUUAAUGAAAAUUUAACUGACGUCCAGGUUUGUUUGACAAUUGAAUCAAGUCAAUAAAGAGCACCCUUAAAGCCGCACUGAAUGAGCCUUUUCAGAGGUAAGACCUAUUCACUUUUCGCUCCCACCCUUCCCCCACAGAAGUUCUCGGCCUCCUGCUUCUGUUGCACGAGCUGCAUCAGGUUCACGGACAGAUUAGAGAGAAGAACCGGAAGUCUCGUUUGCAACCUUCAAAAUAAAGAUGCGUUUAUUUAUUUAUUAUUUAUUACGCUGACCUGACCAGAGUAAAUAAUAUUUGCUUUUGACUUUUUCCUCACGAGAGACUUUACCAUCGUGGUCAGUUUCCAGGUAGAAGAAUGAAGGUUUUUGUUUUUUAUUUAUUUAUUUUUUGGAGAGGUGCUUGUUGCAGAGGAAAAGUAAAAUAAAAUGGUAUGCCUGUAAAUUGUAUUUUCUGUUAACAACAUGAAACUAUGGAUUCAUCCUGCUUUGUAGUAACAGUUUAGACUGGUCUUAGUGUGACACAGUUGCAGAGCCUCAGCACGACCAUCAGAUGGCGACAUUAUCACAGCUGCCAUAGUCAUAGAAGAGUUAUUUUCUGAACGUUAACCGGAAGUUCUUCAUGAUGGCGUCUAGCUUCGCAGCCAGUCCAUAACGACAGUUUCUCUGUCAUGACUUCAGCUUUGAGAUUUGCUUCCAAACUUCAUUAUGCGGCGUUACAUACGUGCACUAAUAUUGUGCACGGUGUUUGCCGUGUUUUCGGGUUUAUAUGUGUACAGUAAGCUGUUUUUCUCGGACGUGCCGGUCGGAGCGAAGAGAGUUUUCAUUUCACCGAAAGACCCCGGCGUCAGGCGAGGGGCCGCGGACAAAACUGGGCCCCAAAAUCCUCACCGGCAUAAUAGGUACAUCAUGCGCCAGCGCGGUCAGAUGGAAACUGCUGGUAAUGGUGUUAAGAACAGACCAGGGCCUCCAAUGCACCUGGCUGUGGUGGCCUGCGGGGAGAGGCUGGAGGAGACUCUCAACAUGAUCAAGUCUGCUGUGCUUUUCAGCAUCAAACAACUCUACCUGCACAUCUUUGCUGAGGAUCAGCUCCACGCCAGCUUCAUGGAAGCUUUGGAGUCGUGGUCUGGUUUAGUUCGCUCCAGGUUUAACUACAGCAUCUACUCCAUCAGUUUCCCCAAUGAGAAUGCAGCAGAGUGGAAGAAACUCUUCAAACCCUGUGCUUCUCAGAGACUCUUCCUUCCCCUGAUCUUAAAGGACGUCGACUCGAUCGUGUAUGUCGACUCAGAUAUCCUCUUCCUGCAGCCUCUAGAUCGUUUAUGGGGCUUCCUGUCCAAGUUUAAUUCCUCUCAGCUGGCUGCUAUGGCCCCGGAGCAUGAGGAAUCCCGCAUUGCCUGGUACAACCGCUUCGCCCGGCACCCAUUCUAUGGAAGGACGGGCAUCAACUCGGGCGUUAUGCUGAUGAACAUGACGAGAAUGAGGAGCGCAUUCUUCAAGAAUGAUAUGACAUCAGUGGAGCUGCAUUGGGAAGAGCUGCUGAUGCCUUUACUCCAGAAAUAUAAACUCAAUAUAACCUGGGGAGACCAGGACCUCCUUAAUAUCAUUUUUCACCACAACCCCGAGUUCUUGCUGGAGUUUUCAUGCAAGUGGAACUAUCGACCGGAUCAUUGCAUCUAUGGCAGUAACUGCGCCUCAGCUGAGGAGGAUGGCAUCUACAUAUUGCAUGGAAACAGAGGAGUUUACCAUGACAACAAACAGCCUGCUUUUAGGGCUGUUUAUGAGGCCAUAAAAAAGUACACUUUUGGCACAGACCCCAUCUCUUCUUUGUUGGACCCUUUAAAGAAGGAACUGCUGAAGACAACACACACUUAUUGUGGCAAAUCCCACAUGCUUUUCACUAAAACACUGACAAACAGUCUGGCGAACAUCAGUAGGAAAGCUCCGCACGAACAGUGACGAGACAGAGGCAGAAAAGCAGGACCAUGCUGCAGCCUAACUUCCACCUCAAGCUAGUCUGCCUAGACCAGACUUGUUUUGUUAUUUUUGAACAAAACAGCUGCAAUGUGGUAAACAAGUUUGUAUCUGACAGCCUGACAAAGCUGUUCAACCGUACCAUUUUCAGACAGCUUGCAGACAACUACGGUGUGAAGCUGUGAAGUUCUUUUGGAGAACAGCUGCUCAGUAAGACAGCUGGGAUUGUGUAAGACUGAGCCUAAUAAGCACUCACCUUUUGUGUUAGCUCUGAAUAAAAACAUGAUGUAAAUCCCCGAAACCUACUUCAACUGGAGUGAUGAACACAGAAUCAUAUUUGUUAUUGAUAUAUACAAGGAUUUUCUUUUUCUUCCAGAUGUUUCAUUACCAAAUUUAUUUCCAGUAAGCUUCUUCUGUGUAUCACUUUCUUCUUCACGUACUUUUGGUUACUAACUGAAUGUGCCAAAGCUAAGAAGAGUCGUGCUGGACUUUCCAUAUUGGAGAAUUUAUUGAAUCUUGUGAAACACUCUUAUUUAAAAGAGGUAAUAACUGCAACAGAGCUGGACAGGUUUUCUGCAAGAAGUUUGCACUGCACCAUUUUUUCUUCUUUUUUUAAUCUUAUAGAAACCACUCAAAGAUUUAAGAGAAUAUGUAUAAAAGUCAAAUUUUAGGACUUUAAUUAAGUCAUUUAACUUGGGAUUAUUUUGAUAUGUUUGAUGUGUCAAAAUGUUUGUUCUGUUCCCCUGAAAAAGCUGUUUUGACUCAAUGUCUGUCUACAUAUUUGACGUCAGGGCAUAACUCCACUUUUGUUUUAUUUUAAAUUAACGUGGAUUUCAAAAAUGUUUAUUUAGUUAUUUUUUUUAUAUCUAGAAUUGUUACAGUUUAGACAUGCAAAAAUAUGGAGAAUGUGAAUUUAAGCAUAUGAUACUGUAGCUGUAUAUGUUAACAUAACCGGGUAUUGAAAGAUGACUGAAUGUGUGAAUAAGCUAUGAGUUCUCCAAUGCCAAAGAAUUUUUUAUGUCAGUAAUGACAGUUUCUUUACAGUUGAAUGUAUUUGAAAUGAGUGUGGUUGCAAGAUAGGUCAUGUAACAUUUCUGUGCAUAUUUGUGUUUUUACAUUAAAUACCAUUAAAUAC